ACUGCAUUCUUUAAUUUUUUUGUUUUUAUUGAUUUACUCUUUUAACUUCAUUCAUGUCGUGGCUACAAACUUUUUCCAGUUUUAGUUGUGUUACUCUGAUCAUAUCGUAGGAAUAAAUUUAUUUUGGUCAAUUUGAAACGCCCACUCGUUUUGAGCCAAUAGACGUGAUAAGAUUAACAUUAUUACCAGAUAAGGACUAUAACACGUUCAGUGAGCACGCAGAAACGCCUUUUGAAACAACGCAAAACCGGUGGCACUUCAUUUGUUCCCGCACUUCAGCAACGCAAUAUGGGUCGUUUGGGGAAAGUAGAUCCCAGUUCCUACUCGGAGCCCGAGCGCAUCACCACCAAACACAGUGCACUUAAGUGGACAGUAGAUUUUGCGAAUACAAAGCUUUUAGGCAGUGUGACGCACCACUUCAAUGUACUGGAGACCAACUUGCCUGCUAUUCUGUUGGAUGUGCGUGACAUCACCGUUAAUAAUGCAUCUAUUUUAUGUAACGGCGGCUCAUCUAUUCCAAUAAACUACUUUGCCAGUGAUCCUGUAGAGGAUAUUGGUGCUAAGUUGACUUUGGAAUUGCCGGAAGGUACAGCUGAGGGAGACCUUCUUGUACGCAUAGACUAUGAGACUUCUAAUCGCGCUAGCGCCCUGCAGUGGCUCACACCAGAGCAGACUCUAGGCAAACAGCACCCUUAUCUGUUUAGUCAGUGUCAAGCGAUUCAUGCACGUUCCGUACUGCCAUGCCAGGAUACACCAGCCGUGAAAUUUACUUACGAAGCCACCGUACAGCAUCCAAAGGAACUAACUGCACUGAUGAGCGCCUUAAUUGAGAAAAAAGAAGCAGGUGUAACCACAUUCAAGCAAGAAGUGCCCAUACCGGCUUAUUUAUUAGCCAUUGCCAUUGGAGAUCUCGUUUCUCGUCCAUUGGGUGCCAAUUCCAAUGUCUGGGCAGAGGCCGGUAUUGUAGACGCUAGUGCUGAGGAAUUCUCACAAACUGCUCAGAUGUUGAAGACUGCAUCGGACAUUUGUGGCCCAUAUGUUUGGAAACAAUAUGACUUGCUGGUUAUGCCGCCAUCAUUCCCCUUUGGGGGCAUGGAAAACCCUUGCCUUACUUUUGUGACGCUCACAUUGCUGGCCGGUGAUAAGUCUUUGGCAGAUGUAGUGGCACAUGAAAUUGCGCAUAGCUGGACUGGUAAUUUGGUUACGAAUAAAAACUUCGAACAUUUCUGGUUGAAUGAGGGAUUCACUGUAUUCGUUGAAACGAAAAUUGUGGGACGCAUGCAAGGCAAUAAGGAGCGUGAUUUUCAUAUGCUGCGCAAUCUGACCGAUUUGCAGGAGUGCAUCCGCACACAAUUAGCUAAUAGCCCGGAGCUGACAAAGCUAGUUGUGGAUCUAUCUAACUGCGGCCCCUACGAUGCCUUUUCCAGCGUGCCCUACAUCAAAGGCUCAACAUUCCUGCGGUACAUCGAAGAUCUACUUGGUGGACCUGAAGUGUUUGAGCCAUUCCUACGCAGCUACUUGCAACAGUAUGCCAACAAAUCGGUUGUGACUGACGAUUUCAAAGCUGCCUUGUAUGAUUACUUCAAUAAAACCGAUAAGAAGGAUAAGCUAACCGAAAUCGAGGAGGGACUGCCGCCAAUAAUUCCAAAAUUCGAUGAGACACUUGCAAAUGUCUCAAAGCAAUUGGCCGUAUUGUGGAGCACCAAGUCCACUGCUGACCUACGCCUCGACACGCAAAUCACUAAGUCCAUUUCUUCUCUUCAACUAAUUGAUUUUCUAGGCAGAUUAAUCGAAUGCCAAGAAAUAGUCGAGUUAAAUGAGGAUAAAAUCGAAUUGCUUGAGAGCACAUACAAUUUGAAGAGCACAAAGAAUGCCGAAAUGCGCUUCCGCGUCUUGCGCUUAGUUAUCCGAGCACGACUGCUGAAGCGUAUCGAAGAAAUCAUUGCAUUUGCCAACUCGAACUUCCGCAUGAAAUUCUGUCGUCCAAUUUAUCGUGACCUAGGCCAAUGGGCCGAGGCUAAGCCUAUUGCAAUUGAAAGCUUCCAGCGUGUCAAGGAUCAAAUGAUGGCGGUCUGUGCGCAUACAAUCGAGAGGGAGUGCGCGACGGAUAUUAGUUCAAAUUAUUUGACAAUGCUCUUACACUGUGUGCUGCUUUUCAUAGUAGAUAACUGCAAAUAAGAAAAUUUAUUUUAGAUGAUGGCAGAUUUUUACGCAUUUUCAUGAUGUGCUUAUUGGAAACCAUGCAAAUUAUAUACCAGCACGCAUCUAGAUCAUAACGCAAAUAAGAUCGUGGAAAGCCUAAGCACAUCUUUUUUAGACUGCAAACCGGAUGAUUCGAGGAAAAGGAGUGCGGCAUGAGUUAUGGUACUCUAAAUGCUGUUGGGUCCCUUCACUUAAAUCCAUAUCACAAAUUUUCCAUAUCACCCUAAAUGGAUUGUUGUCCUUCGUCUAUUUCAAAAUUUUUUUGGGCCUGUUGAUUUUAAUAUUAGUGUUUUAUUAAAAAAUAAGCAAAACUAUGAUUAUAACAAGAUGACUUUCUGUUCCAUGCUUAGCCAUUAUUACUUUUAGGCUGAUUUCUAGUAUU